GAUCACUUCCGGGGCAGCCCCGAGUGCGGCUUCCGGUCGGGGCGCUGGAGGCGGAGGGUGGUGGCGGUAGCGCUAGCGACGCUCAUUUAUUGGGACGAUAUGAUGCUGGCCAGCCUGUGGGCCUGCGUGUACAGCCGCUUCCUGCGUGGCUGGCUGAAGUGGGUGCUGCGGCUACUCACAGGGAGAUGUGAACUGCAGCGCGUCUGUGGCGGCGCCAGGGCCGGGGCACGGAGGACACGCGGGAUUGAGCACUCCUUGGAAUUAUCAAAGAACAAGGUGUUAAGAAAUGCAGUAUAUGUGGGUGAAGAUGAAGUGGAAAAGUGUGUCACUGAUAUAAUGAAAGAAAAGAAGAUUAUUGAACAGAAGAAUAAAGAUUUUAAGACAGACUUGCAGGUAUGUUUGCUGCAGAUAUCUGGUUAUAAGCAACUUUAUUUGGAUGUAGAAAAUCUAAGGAAAGUUCCAUAUGAUUCAGAUAAUGAAGAACAUGAAGAGGAACUAAUCAAGCUCUGGAAUUUGCUGAUGCCUCAUGAAAAUCUGAAGGCUAGAAUCACCAAGCAGUGGUGUAACAUUGGUUUUCAAGGUGAUGAUCCCAAAACAGACUUUAGAGGAAUGGGCAUGCUGGGAUUAGUCAACCUUGUGUAUUUUAGUAAACAUCAUGCCAGUGAAGCUCGUCAGAUCCUUUCCCAUUCAAAUCAUCCCAAAUUGGGGUAUUCCUAUGCAAUAGUUGGAAUCAAUCUGACAGAAAUGGCUUAUAGCUUACUGAAGAGUGGUGCUUUAAAGUCUCAUUUCUACAAUGCAGUCCCUGGAUUGCCAAAUAUAGAACACUUCCACCAGUUUUAUUGUUACUUGGUUUAUGAGUUUGACAAAUUUUGGUUUGAAGAAGAGCCAGAAAGUAUUAUGCACUUCAACCAUUAUAGAGAGAAAUUCCAUGAAAGGGUUAAAGCACUUCUUCUGGACUAUGAUAUAGUAUUAACUUUACAAAAUAGAAGGGAACAAUAGUUUUACCUGCAGUCCACCAGGUUCUGCACAGAAAAUGGAAUUAUGCAUUUGGAUGGAAUUCUCAUGUGUUGCACCAAAAACUUAGUUAAAUGAUGGAACUUUUUAUACAUAUAUUUUCAACAAAUAUCAAAACUGCAAUUAAGAAAGCUUGGACAAUCAGCUUUUGUUUACAGCUUUUUAUAUGCUAUUCUCCAAAGAAAAGCUGCUUUUCUGUUCUUUAAAAAAAACACAAAACCCUAAAGGAUCCCCUGGAUCAUGUGCCCUCACAAUUUUCUUAUACCUCUUGGUGCAGAAACAAGAUUUAUGCUGCAUCAUGUUGUCUAGUAAUGGGUCCUGUGUCUACCUUUUGGUGUUUCAUUAAUCUCUGAAGUGAUUUCAUGUUGCUUUUCAGAGUUGAAAUUACAUUGAUUAUAGAUUUUGUGUGUUCUUAUCACCUUGUUUUUUCUACCUGUAGCUCAUGGUCCAUAAGAAUAUUAAAAUUCUGCAGUAAAGAGGUCCAUGAAGAGAUUUUGUUCUUAUUUACACGUAAGAACAAAACACUUCCAAGAUUAUUUUCAAUUGAAAUGAUAUUCCAUCCAGAGACUCUACCUACAAAUCUCUACAUGGAAAGAAAUCCAUUUUGAGAGAGAAUCAAGUAGUGAAAGGCCAGAGCCUUAAUCUUAGAGGCCUUCUAAUAGUUCUUUGCAUAACAUUCUGCUGUAGAAGUUUUCAGGUAUAAAUCCAUUUCUUUCUAUUUAGUCUAAGAAACCAUAGCUCAUCCAUUUCAAUUCAUAUUUGCUAUAAACUUGUUCUUCAUGUUAUCAACCAACAGAAUAUUCUCUGAGUGGGAAGUGAGCUCUAGGAGAAUUACUUUACCCUUCUAAUAGAAUUCAUUUGUUAUUUCGUACAGAACUUUUGCAGCUGGCGUCCAUACCUUGUGACAGUAAUAAGAACUUAACUUCAGCCAUGUUUACUUUAAGACCAAGAAAGUGUUUUUGCAUGAAGCGGGUGCAGCUUUGGCUUGUCUCCAGAUUUUUUUUGGCAUUCCCAGACAAUCUGGUCCAUAGGAUUUCAUACCUAUAACAGUUUUCAUCACCCUUGAUUACAAUGGGCUUGGUAUGAACUUAAUUAGUUUUCUAAAGCUUGCUAUCUAAAUAAAGUGCCUUCUGCUUAAUUCAAUCACUGUUUAAUUUGGUCUUCUCUAAGCUGAUCAGAGCCUUAGAAACCCAAUUUCUUUUGGGGCUGAGACUAUAUCUCAUUAAAAAGCAUGUAGUGGGUGCUGCCAUAAUGCACACUCAUUUAUAUAUAAACACAAAACUUUCAUGUUUUAUUAUCUGGAAUAGAUGUAAUAUGCCAGCUUGAUCACUGGUUAUUUUUUUUCCCUUCAAAUAUAUUCUUCCUAAAAUAAAUUUCUGAAUAAAAGGAGCAGAGAGAUGGAGAGCUUUGUGCUAAAAGAAAUUUGAAUAUUAUUUGGUUACUAGCAGUAAAAAAUAAUUCAAUUUGGCAAAAUGAUUUUUAAAUGUAAGCUUUGUCCCAGCAUGUUGCAUGCUUCCAGAAAGGAGUGCAUGCAGUGUUAUAGUCAUCAGAAUUAUGUAUAGGUAUAAAAUAGUAGAAUUAAGUAUUCCCUGAUUGGGUUUGUAGGCAAAAAUAAGUUUUACUGGUAUUAAAUUUUCUUAUAAUGGCAAAUAACUGUACGAUUAGUAAUUUUAAAAUGUUGUUUUACACACAUGCACACACACACGCACGUAAAAACCUGACAACUUAAUGCCUUGCUUUUGGAAAAAAAAAUCUGAUCACCAAAUAAGUAGUACAUUUGAACCAUUGUAAUUAAAAAUAAGUUUUUUACCCUUUUAAGUCAUAAACUUGAAAGCACCUAACUCUGUAUAGCGGGGCUUGAAAAUUUACCAGAUAUUGGUUAAUAGGACAACUGAAUUUACUACAUAAAGUACAUGCAGAAUAGUAAGGAUGGAGGGAGAGUUGCUAGUAAGAAGCCUAAUUCUGUUCUCUCAGGUGCUUGAAAUCCUUUUUAAUGGUCCUUAUAAGUGUAGAGGCUGAAUGCCUCUGAUGGUUUUGCGAUUCCUACUCUGCAUAGGGGGCCACCUAUAUCUUGUCUCUCUUUUGGCUGUAGGCUGCUUUGUAAAUUGGAAGGUCCCCUCACUACACCCAAUGAAGUGAGUAUGGAGAGGUGGGUCUCUAGUACUCUGAUCCUUCCUCAACCUGAUUGCUAGGGGAUGAAGCAUCUUCCAUUCUACCUGCCCCUUCACUGGUUCUUCUCCCUAAUACUGCAUGGCCAUUCCCUGCCUGUGCUGUUGCUCAUGGUUUUCCUUAGCAGUAGUAUGAAACCAAAGGGACUUCUGGAUUUCACCAAUGAAAAAGAAAGGAAGCUACUGGAUAAUACAUACUGGAUGGCAGCAAGACGAUUGGCUAUACUCUUGUUAAUAUUGCUCUGUUACUGGUUGACAAAAACAAGUAACAAUGAUAACAGAGGUGCUGGAGCCAUCUCUCUGCAGACUGGAGCAAUCCAAUUUGGUUUAUUUAAUCUGGAAGAUUGUUUGUGUAAUCGUAAUGACCACACAUUUAAUAUGGGAAAAAUAUAAUGGAAUUUUAAAUUCCAUACAAAUAGGCUUCUCCAGCUGUCAGGAAAAGCAUCCUGUUUACAGUUGCUGAAAGACUUUUCAAGGCUCAUCAAAUGUAACUUCGUUUCAUUUUGGAAACCUUAACUUUGAACUAAUAUACAUUUUGGGAUAGAAUAUACACUGUGACCUAAGUCCACAGAUUUCCCUUCACUCUUUAAAAUCCAGAACAUAAACUGGGAAUAUUAACAAUUAAUAAACUAAUAAAAACUAUCAUUAAACAUAGAAAAAUGAUGUAGUUGGAUAUAUGGAAGUAUGUGUUAAAGUGUAAUAAUUGAGUAUAUUCUGUUGAUUUAGUAUGUAGUUUUGUACUGUUGUAAUCACUGUUGGGGGGGUUUUUGUUGUCUUGUUUCUUGAAAAAAAAUUUCUCCAGUAGUACUGGAUUCCAUAUAUUUCAUCACUAACUAGUGUAAUUAGUAACACAAAGGCAAAAAUGGGGUUUGGGGAGUAAGCAUUUGCUAGAGGCAAGAAUGUCUCUCCAGAUCUAAUCAAUGGGAUUUUAUAUGAGUUACUGCAUUCAUAUGCUGAAAUGACAAUCCUAAAAUAACGGAAGUUAUAAACUGGAAUUGAGGAAGUUGCACCCUUUUGUAACUCAUUAGAGUCAAUGUACCCAGCAUUAAAAAAAUUGUUAAUACUUUUGCUGCAAGUACUCUUAGAAAUUAAAGCCUUGGUUAAAGUCAUUAUUUUUAUAACAUUAUUUAUGAAACCUUGGCUUUUAAAAUAUGUGCUAUUUUAUAUAGUUAAUAAUUAUUAAAAAAAAAUCAAAUUGUUCAACUUGUUUUUCGUUUUAAAAUAUUUGCAACAUAUUUAGAAAGACACUGUUGGGUGACAUUUUUGUGAAGUCGUCCAGCGGAAAAUGUUUACCAAGUUUUCCCCCUUUGUUCAAAAUGUUUGAAACAGGGUACUGCUCCAUGAGCCAAUUAAACUUACGCUAUUUAGAAGUUUGCCAUGAACAAAAGUGAAGUGCUUUUUUUGGUAUGAGGUGAGAAAUUCAAAAGGAAAAAAUUUAAAUUGAUAGGGAAAGGACUAAGAUUUAAGUCUGCCUUAGUUGCUAGGUAAUAUAGGGAACAUAUCUUUUAUUCAGAAAAAUGUUUGCAUUUUCUACUGUAUAAUACAGGAGUCUGGAUUGUACGAUGCAUUAUUGCUAGGGUACAACAGAGAAAGGGUCUUAGCUUUAGUGUUCCAGAAAGAGGGGCAUGUUGAGCCUUUCAUCUCACUAGUAGAGUGAGCUUUCGCUAAUCUGAAUGUUUGUGUUGGUUAAUUCAACAAGUCUGUUCCAAUAUAUGGCUUGCAAAGCCUCUCCACUUAAAUUUAAAAUGUUGUUAUAUGUAAGUUUGUUUAGUUGGGUUGAGUUCAGCAAGUUGUACUGUUCAGAAAUAUUGUUAGUUCAUGCAUGAUGAGAAACUGUAGACUUGGUUUGUCUGGUAUAAUCCUCUCUGUAAUGUUAUCAGACUGGGAUAAUAUAAAUUGAUGUUUCUUCUUGUAUCAAAGUAUGGCAUUAGAAGUAGCAACAAGUA